AUGCAUCGUUACUCAUUUCCCCAUGAGCCAGUUGCUCAUCCCGAAGCAAUAGUUGGCGGGACCAGCAACUAUCGUUUCACUGUGCUAACUGACGGUCUCCUUCGAUAUGAAUGGGCCGAAGACCAACGCUUUGAGGACCGAGCCUCAGUCCUCGCAAUCAAUCGCCGUUUGCCUAUUCCAGAAUUUCGAGUCAACGAGGACGAGCACAGCCUUCAGAUCAUCACAUCUCGAUUUCAUCUUUACUAUAACAAAGGAGUAUUCUCCCCUAGCGGUCUCAGUGCAGAGAUUAAAGGAAGCUACGGGCCCCAUAUGAGCGUUUGGCGCUAUGGGGGCAAACCGUCGGAUCUCGGUGGUACAGCUCGGACUUUGGAUGAAAUCGAUGGCCGUGUGGCACUUGAGCAGGGCGUCGUGUCACGACUCGGUUUCACAGCCUUGGAUGAUUCCAAAUCCAUGCUCUUCGAUGACCGCCAGUGGGUAGCUACACGUUUGCCCGGGGAUCGUGUGGAUGGGUACUUGUUUGCGUACGGACACGAUUAUCGACAAGCAGUUCAGGCAUUCUAUCUUCUAUCUGGGCCUCAGCCGAUUCUACCUCGAUGGGUACUCGGAAAUUGGUGGAGUCGAUACCAUGCAUAUACAGCGGAUGAAUAUCUCUCCCUAAUGGAUCUCUUUCGCCAGAAGGAGAUCCCACUUUCAGCAGCAGUACUGGAUAUAGAUUGGCACAUUGUGGAUGACGACUGUGUCAAAAGUGCUGGAGUCACUGGAUGGACAGGGUACACCUGGAACAAAAAGCUCUUUCCGAACCCUAAAGCUUUUCUCAAAAAUUUGCAUGAGCAAGGGCUUCAUGUUGUGCUGAACGACCAUCCCGCUGACGGGAUUCAAAGCUAUGAAGACCAGUAUGACGAGAUGGCAGCGGCUCUGAAUCAUGAUACCUCAGUGCGAGACCCCAUCCCUUUCGACAUCACCAACCAAGCCUUCCUUGAUGCCUUUUUUGAUGUCUUGCAUCGGAGAAUUGAGAACGAGGGCAUUGACUUAUGGUGGGUGGAUUGGCAACAAGGAACACACUCUCGAAUCCCGGGAAUCGACCCUCUCUGGGUGCUAAACCACUACCAUUUCUUGGACAGCGGUCUGGGAAACAAGCGAUCCCUGACGUUCUCACGCUACGCUGGGCCAGGAAGUCAUCGAUACCCGAUCGGUUUCUCGGGCGAUACUGUGGUUUCUUGGGACUCCCUUCAUUUCCAGUCCGAGUUCACAUCAACUGCAUCCAACAUCGGCUAUGGCUGGUGGAGCCACGAUAUUGGUGGCCAUUUCCACGGUGAGAGGAGUGAAGAAAUGCUCGUUCGCUGGGUUCAAUAUGGCGUUUUCUCGCCGAUCUUGCGUCUGCACUCAUCAAACAGCAUUUUUAAUGUCAAGGAGCCAUGGAAUCUCGAGGCUCCAUACGGGCAGAUAAUGACUGAUUAUCUUCAGCUUCGCCAUAGGCUCGUUCCAUACAUCUACACAAUGAACGUCCGUGCAUCCGUUCAAGGUCUGCCUCUUGUCCAGCCCAUGUACUGGGGUUACCCAGAAAACGACGAGGCAUACAAAGUUCCUAAUCAGUUCUUAUUUGGCUCUGAGCUCAUAGUGGCCGCCAUAACUGCGCCUCAAGAUCCGAGAUCUAGACGAUCUGAGGUGCGUGCAUGGCUUCCCCCUGGAAGAUACGUGGAUAUCUUUACGGGCGUGGUGUAUGAUGGAAACCGUCGACUCUGGAUCACUAGACGUUUGACAGAGUAUCCAGUAUUUGCACCAGAGGGAGCAAUCAUUCCUUUUGAUGGUGCAUCGGUACUUGAGAACGGAUGCGAAAAUUCAGCAACAAUCGAGCUCCUAGUUGUUAUCGGCUCCGAUGGUAUGUUUGAGCUAGUAGAGGACGAUGGGAAAGGUCAAUGCACUGAUCAAAUUGACUUCCGUCGUACUAAAAUUUGCUUCAACCAAGCACUAGGCGAGCUAGUGAUUGCACCCGCGAGUGGUGGAGAUAUCUCUCCUCAUAUCCGAGAAUGGGGUGUGCGCUUCCUUGGGUACUCAAACUGGAACCAUGUCAAAGCAUAUGCCGAUGACGUGCAAAUUGACAUGGAAUAUGUGGCAACGACACAUGGCUUUCUGCUGAAACUGGGAUCCCACCCGAGCAAUGUUCAGCUUGUUGUCAAGCUGGAAAGCAACUGUAGUCUCGAUGCAAAUAAUCCCACCUCUCAAAUUAUGGAAUUUUUGCUGGGCGCCCAAAUUGGCAUGGAUUUGAAAGAUAGCAUCAGGCUCAUCGUUGAAAGUUCGAAGCCCAGACUCAUGCAAAUUAGCGAGCUGCAUACUCUUGGAUUAAACUCGGCUUUGCUGAAUCCUGUGCUCGAAUAUCUGCUAGCUGAGUCUUCUGGAACUACAACGGGUGAAAAUUGA